AUGCCUCAUUCUAUCGCCUGGCUAUCCGUCUUUCCCCAAGACCUCGACGGCACCCGCACGCGGUGGUCGCAACACGCGGAGUUCGACCGUCAGGAAUUCUGCAUCUCCUGGACCGGCGACACCCAGCCGGACCUCUCCUGCUUCCCCCUCUUCCCUCACGAUCCGUCCGUCACCGUCUCCCGCGUCCCGCAUUCCCCUGAGGUCGAGCGAAUCUGGCGGGCUUCGCGCCUGCUGACGAAGGGGGUAGAUGGGCAUAUAAGAGAGAUAGACUCGACUGAGGACGGGCAAGAGCAGGGGCAGGGGCAGGGUCAGGGGCAGGAACAGGGGCAGGAGUUCCCCAUUAUAAAAAUGGCUUCCUCCGCCGCCCAGCGCGCCACAGUCGGCCGCGAGUUUGAGAUCCUUCGCUCGCUGAACAGGCAGUACCCUGACCUGCCGGUUGUCAGGGUACAUCCGGAACCGCUGGUCGACAGCGCCGACGGCAGCAUUUUUGGAUUUCGCAUGGAGAGGCUGGAGAGUAUUGGCCCGGAUCUGGUCAAGCAUCGGGGGCGCGACCAGCAGGGGGUUUUGAGGGAGCGGUUGUUGAGAGUGUUGCUCGCGCUGCAUAGGGUGGCGGGGGUGCUGCAUGGGGAUGUCCAUGCAGGCAAUUUUAUGCGGCGCCCCCGGCCGGGACGGGGUGGUGGGGAGGUUGAGUAUGUGAUGAUUGAUUUUGCGAGGGCGGGACGGGUCGGAAAGAAGAAGAAGAAGAAGAAGAAGAAGAAGAAGAAGAAGAAGAAGAAGAAGAAGAAGAAGAAGAAGAAGAAGAAGAAGAAGAAGAAGAAGAAGAAGAAGAAGAAGAAGAAGAAGAAGAAGAAGGAGAAGAAGAAGAAGAAGAAGAAGAAGAAGGGGAGGACUCGACGCUGA